AUGGUGCCAAGACUCUUCGCAGCUUGCCUAGCACUGGUGGUGUCGUAUGCCGCGGGCUUUGUAUCCCCCGCGCCUCGCGCAUCGUUCCCCUCGACAACACGAGCUAGAGGCAUCACCGCCGUCGACCUCCUUCCAGGCGGUGCCAGCGGGGGAGAGAUCGCCACAGCGAUACCCGACGCGUCUUCUCUACUGCUACAACGAGUGGGCCUCGCGGACGUCGGCGGCGUACACGCGGACGUUGUUGGCCCUGCUGCUGCUGCUGCUGACGGUGGGGAGGGAGUGGGUUCGUUGGUGUCUUCUCUCCUGUUGGCUUCGGCGGCACCGGGCAACCCUUCCACCGCGUCGGGGCUGUUCGGAAUCGCCGCUCUCGUGAUCGCGUUGGGAGCCGGGGUCUUGGUAGCCUCGACCGUCACUGGGAAGAACGGCUUGGGGGCGUUCCUUACCCAGGAGAAGGGCAGCAACCCAUUCUACCAGGACACGAUGGCCAAGUUCACCCCGAAAACGCCGGACAUUCUCAACAAGAUCCGUUUGCCGGACUUGGAUUUCGUGGACGUGUACAACCAGCCGCCAGCGCCGGAUGACUACGUAGACCUCGAACAGGACGUGACCUUCGAUGCGAUGGCCAACAAGGGGGCACCAGACGCAGACACGGUCGCCACUGCGGAGGCCUUGCGGCAAAAACUUCUCAUGGCGGUGCAAGCGAAGGACUACGACCUCGCCUCGUCGCUGGAGAGGGAGCUCGCCACGUUCUUGCGGAAGAACGGCAUGGGCUUUGAGGGCGACCAGUAGGCCGGCCGUCAUCUCGGCAUCAACCGGGCCACACACACACACGUGACCCCCCCCUCGCGGGGGU